UCAGGCAGGCGGUUAUCAGGAUGUAGUCAAGGAAGUAGGCUUAGAACCUGAUAUUCCCUUCAUUCUUCCUCUAUGUUGUUUACGGAGUCGGCAUUAGCCCCGUUGUUGGAGGAAGAAGCCUUAAGACAAGCACACAACCUUAGUUUUCUCAUCCUUUUCUAUGGGGUUUAAUUCUGGAAACAGAUUAUUGCUAUUACUUCUAUCCAUUUCUCUAACAAUCUCCUUCACCAUCACCUCCGGUGAUCGACGAUACUUCAUAAGAAACUUUUGUUCGGAAAGUGGGAACUAUACCCUUGACAGUCCAUUCAGGAAAAACCUCAAGCUUGCCCUCUCCAACCUCCCAUCAAACACCAGUUCCAACUACGGCUACUACAAUGUCUCAGUUGGCCAGGCGUCUGAUAAAGUCUAUGCAAUCUCUUAUUGUAGAGGAGAUGUAUCCCCGGAUACCUGCAAGAGCUGUGUUGAUGACUCUAUUCAAGAGAUCUUCCAGUGCUGUCCCAAUCAGAUCGAGGCCCUUGGAUUCUACGACUAUUGCUUGCUACGGUACUCAAAUCACAGCAUGUUUGGCCUCCUGGAGACUCUGCCGAGUUUUAAUUGGACCUCAAAGAUAGUUGUCAACAACACGUAUCAGUUUAAACAUGAACUGGAGAGUUUGUUGAAUCGAUUGGUGACACAAGCAGCCUGGCAAUCUCCCAAACAGAAGUUUGCUGUUGGAGAAUCGGAUGUGAUCUAUGCUCUUGUGCAGUGCAGUGAGGACUUAUCAUCGUUAAAUUGCAGCAUAUGCUUGGACUUCGCAACUAAUAAUAUUUUAGAUUGUUGUGGAUCGAAUACAGGAGCACAGUUUCACAUCCCCAGCUGCAAUGUAAGGUUUGAGGUUUACAAAUUCUAUGAUUCUACCCCAGGAGGACAAGCAAUACCUCCUCAAAGCAAUGGGGAGGGAGGAAUUUCAAUUGGCAUUAAAGUUGGAUUUGGCAUCGGAGGUUUACUAUUUAUUGUUAUUUUGUUAACUGUCAUUGGAUAUUGUAUCCAUAAGAAGUGUCGAAAGAGGACAACAUUAAAAGAUGAUAGUAUCAAUCUAGUAACCCGACAAACUGAAUAUCAAACAAUUAGUGCUCCAUCCGCAAAUAUUGAAAAUUCUGAAGCCCAUGAGAUCCAUCAAAAUGGCAUUAUUGAUGCUAAGGCAAGUCGGCAUUCUGAAGUUCAUGAGGCUGGUAAUGGUUUGGAAGUCCAACAAUUUGAAAAUCGUGUUGUUAUUGAAGAGACAACUCAAAGAUUCCAACUUUUUACUAUUAGAGCUGCGACAAAUGAAUUUGAUGUAGCUAAUGUUCUUGGCCGGGGAGCAUAUGGUGUGGUUUACAAGGCUAUACUUCCGGGUGGAGAAGAAGUUGCUGUGAAGAGGCUGAAGACACAAUAUUCCUGUAACGAAGAUGAAUUCAAGAAGGAGCUGUCAGUACUGGCCAAGCUUGAGCACAUUAAUCUGGUGAAAUUCCUUGGUUUUUGCUUGGAAGAAACUGAAAAAAUCCUUGUCUUUGAAUUUCUGAGAAAUGGAAGCUUAGAUCGCUUCAUAUUCGAUAGUGCACAUCGACCGCAGUGGGAGACACUUUACAGUUUCAUAUUGGGAAUCGUUCAAGGUCUUCUUUAUCUUCAUCGGGAUUCUGGACUUAGUAUUAUUCACCGGGACAUUAAGCCUGCCAACAUACUUUUAGAUGAAAACAUGAUACCUAAAAUUGCAGACUUUGGAAUGGCAAAGUUGUUUGGAGAGGACCAAACUCACUGUGAAUCAAGCAAGAUUAAGGGAACACUACGAUAUUUGGCGCCAGAAUAUGCCAAUUGUCGGCGUUGCUCAAGAAGGUCGGACGUAUAUAGUUUCGGUGUGGUGCUUCUGGAAAUUGUGAGUGGUCGAAGGAACAAUUCUGCUGAUCCCGGUGUCCACUUGCUUAGUUGUGCAUGGACAAGCUUGAUGAAUGAUAGAGUUUCAGAUGUGUUUCAUCCAUCGAUGUUAUUAGAAAGCAGCCCAUUAGCCAUUGAUCAAAUAAAGGGAUGCAUCCACAUCGGGUUGCUAUGUGUUCAAGCAAAUGAAGCGCAGAGACCAAAAAUGGAGGAAAUCGAUGCAUGGCUCCAGGACUAUUCCAUCCAACUUCCACCGCCUUCACAGCCUCCAUACUUCGUGCAAAGUGACUCUGAUGUGCAAAUUGCUGCGCCGAUGAUUGUCGUCACUUCAUCGACAACUUCGUCAACAUCGGGCUAUCAAUCAUUAACUAGCCAAUAGGCCAUAGCAGCCAUAUAUAUGGCUCAGGUGGUGGCUAGCUAUUCAUGUAUAAAGCAGAUUAUAGAGACCAAGAAACUGCUGAUUCAAUAAAGUUUUUGGUGAUAUAACUCUUGCAUGGAUAAAGAUGUUAGAGUGCUGCUAGAUGCACUUACACUUUGUGAGACAUGUUUAAUAGUGAUUGAGGCGGUA